AUGCCAUAUAAAGGCUGCCACAAAGCACGCAUUGAGUGUACCAUCAGCUCGAUUAACCCUCCUUUCAGUAAAGAAAAGUUGAAAGACAUAGAAUAUACAAGCAUGAGACAGGAGAAGACAGCCACAGUCCGGGACCCGGCCUAUCAUGCGCAACGAAAUUUAUCAACACCAAAUCUCUCCCCUCAGCUAUUGAUGGACAAUAAAACCAGCUUCUACCAUGAGAUGAUUCCUAUAGACACUGUCAUAAUGAGAACAGGGUUGCAAGUAGGAGAGUGCUAUUUGGGCAACGGCGUAUUCGAAGAGUAUCCGGUGCUUGCGUCUUCGGGCGUCAUGACGGCUCCUUCGGUUAAAGGUGAUCAUGAGUUCCAGAUACCACUACAUGCGGCAUCUUUUGCAAUAUCCCGACAGCAGAACUGGGAAACUGAAAAUGACUGUAUCAAAGUCUCCCAGAGUUCCUUUCCUAGUCUCGACCGCAGGGAGCGAUGGUGGGACCAGGCAGUCUUACGAAGACUGCUUGAAACCAAUAUGGCCCUAUUGGAUGGUCAGACUCUGGUAGCUCAGGAGCUUGCCAUGUUAGGAUGUAUAGAUGCAGACAUCGCUUUGACUAACCUUGAGUCGGCAUCUCGGAAUGUUUUGUGUGACUCAAAACGAUUUCUCGAAUUUGCGAAAGUGCUUAUCGACGGUCAAGACGAUCGAACAAAGGCGGUAAUAGUAGACCCUGAGUCUUUAGCCGCGAAUGCAUUUGUGCCCCAGGUUCACACACCAGUUGAUUCCGGACGUCUUUCGUAUGGUUCCGUUGCCUCCUUCACAUCAUCCUUAAUCUGUCAAUCACCUUGGCAGGGGAUACAAUCCGAAGAUACCCAGGUUCCUUUGAUAUUAUCCAUUGCAAAUUGCUACAGCUGCUUGGUUGGCAGUUACCAUAUGAUUCUCACCUACCUGCUUCAUGAAUUGAUGGCUGUAACAAUUUCGGAACAACGUAGUCAGUCUUCAACAUUCUCAGGGUUAGCCGCCGCUCAGGUUCAGCGUCCUGAUCGGGACUCGCGGCUUUGACUGAUUUUUCAUAACUGCGUGUGUUCCCUGGCGCAACUCGAACUGAUCCUUGGAUUACCUAAACGACAUUGUGUCGCUUCUGGGAUAGUGCCAUUCGGACGUGUUUUACAACCUCGUUGUCAAAAUGGGAUCCUCUCUGGCCCUAUGGCUGCGAACCUUAUUACCACUCUUGUCAAUCAUAAAUUCUGACUGUG